UAUUAUUAAUAAAAUAUUGAUUGUUUUGUUUGAGUGUGAGAAGGGUGAGAUUAGAUGUAAAUGUAAAUGGAAUCGGAAUGAAAUUUGUAUUCCUCCGAAGAGGCACAGCCUGUGCAGCAGUCGGAGAAGAUGCCACAUCUCAAUCAUUUCAGCAUCGCCCUCGCCGGAAAUAAAUAAAAACCAUAUUCCAUUCACUUUUUCGCUUUCCCUUAAUUCUUCCGAAUCUGCGAAUUCAGACGCACAAUAAUCGAAUUCCCUCUUUCUCCGCAAUUCAUCCUCUCUUCCACGAAUCAAAAACAAAUCCCUAACUAACCGAUUCGAUCCACUUCAAUGGCGGGACCCAACAUGGAUCAGUUCGAAGCGUUUUUCAGGAGAGCAGAUUUGGACGGAGAUGGCAGAAUCAGUGGAGCCGAAGCCGUCUCAUUCUUUCAGGGAUCCAAUUUGCCCAAACAAGUCCUCGCUCAGGUGUGGGCGUAUGCUGAUCAGGCCAAAACGGGUUUCCUUGGGCGCGCGGAGUUUUUUAAUGCUCUAAGGUUAGUCACUGUGGCUCAGAGUAAGCGAGAUUUAACGCCUGAUAUUGUGAAGGCAGCUUUGUAUGGUCCUGCUGCUGCUAAAAUCCCUGCCCCACAGAUUAAUCUUGCUGCUGUGCCUCAACCACGCCCGAAUUCGAUGCCCGGUGCUGGGUCUGUCGGGCAGAUGGGUGUUACCGCACCCAAUUUGGCUCAAAGUUUUCCCUAUAGAGGACAAGGGUUGGCAGGUCCUGGUGCAAACCCGCAAUAUUAUCCUUCGCAGCAGCAUCCUGGCAUGAGACCUCCUCAAUCCAUGCCUGCUGGUGGCGGUCUGCGUCCACAACAGGGUGUUGCAGGUCCAGAUAUUUCUAGAGGAGUUAACAUAGCUGGUCACAAUUUCUCAAAUCCUGGCGUCGUCUCGAAUGAUUGGAAUAAUGUAAGGCCUGGUAUGGUUGCUACCAGACCUGCUGGACUGACCCCAUCAGCUGCAUUACCGUCAUCAACAUCUCCAAUCUCACCAAUGCCGCAGUCAUCUCCAAUCUCACCAAUGCCCCAGUCUACAACUGUUAACACUAAAGCAUUAGGUGUAUCUGGAAAUGGGUUCUCCUCCAAUUCAGUUUUGGGCAAUGAUUUUUUCUCUGCUGCCUCAUUGACACCGAAACAAGAACCUGCUGGACUGAGUUACUCUGUCAGCAAUGUCUCAUCAGCCAUUGUUCCUGUUUCCACUGCUCCCCAACCUGCAAUUAAGCAAAAUUCUCUUGACUCAUUGCAGAGUGCAUAUUCUUCAAUGCUGCCUGCAAAUAGUCAGUUUCAGCGGGCACAAUCUGCACCAAACAUAAGCCAACAAAUUUCACCACCAGCUUCUUCUUCUCCAAAUACACCAUCUGGGCUUGGAAAUGCAAAUUCUGACAAUUCACAUCUUUCUUGGCCAAAAAUGAAACCUACUGAUGUGCAGAAGUAUACAAAGGUGUUUAUGGAAGUUGACACCGACAGGGAUGGGAAAAUCACUGGGGAGCAGGCACGCAGUCUAUUUUUAAGCUGGAGAUUACCCAUAGAUGUCUUAAAGAAGGUGUGGGACUUGUCUGAUCAGGAUAAUGAUAGCAUGCUUUCUUUGAAGGAGUUUUGCUUUGCUCUUUAUUUGAUGGAACGUUACAGGGAAGGUCGUCCUCUUCCAGAGUCUCUUCCAAGCAAUGUUUUGUUUGACGAGACACUGAUGUCAAUGAUAGGCCAACCAAAAAUUGCUUAUGGAAAUGCAGGCUGGGGUAUUGGCCAAGGUUUUCAGCAGCAACAAGGGAUUCCAGGUGCUCGGCCAGUGGCACCAACAGCUGGUUUGAGGCCACCAGUUCAGGGAAGUUCUGCCCAGGCUGAUGGCACUCAACAGCCCAAUCAGCAAAAGUCAGGAACACCUGUGUUGGACGAUUCCUUUUUGAAUCGUGCAGAAAAUGGUGAGCAGAAUAUAUUGAAUUCAAAGCCUCAAGAGGCAACAACUGCGGAGAAAAAGUUUGAAGAAACUCAGAAUGUGAUUUUGGAUUCAAAAGAGAAGCUUGAGUUAUACCGCAACAAAAUGCAGGAACUGGUUCUAUAUAAAAGCAGAUGCGAUAAUCGACUAAAUGAGAUUACGGAAAGGGCAUCUGCGGAUAAGCGUGAGGCAGAAUCAUUGGGCAAGAAAUAUGAAGAGAAAUACAAACAAGUAGCAGAAAUAGUAUCAAAAUUGACCGUUGAAGAAGCUAAAUUUCGUGAUAUACAGGAUAGGAAGGUGGAGUUGCAGCAAGCAAUUGUCAAAAUGGUACAAGGAGGCAGUGCAGAUGGUAUCCUUCAGGUCCGUGCUGAACGCAUACAGUCAGAUCUCGAGGAGUUAUUUAAGGCUCUAGCCGAACGGUGCAAGAAACAUGGGCUAGAUGUGAAGUCAAUUACAAUGGUUCAGCUUCCUGCUGGUUGGCAACCUGGAAUUCCAGAGGGAGCAGCUCUUUGGGAUGAAGAUUGGGAUAAAUUUGAGGAUGAAGGAUUUGCUAAUGAUCUCACUUAUACAUCUUCAAAACCGAAGUCGGCAUUUAUUGAUGGAGAACAAAAUUUAUCUGAUGAUAAUUCUGUUCAUGGUUCACCUGUGAAUGCAAAUGGGAAGCAAGAAAAUUCUGCUAAUGGUGAUUAUACAGUUGAGGAUGAAUCCUAUGCACACAGUGAAGAUGACCUGGCAAGAAUCCCCCAUAGUCUAGCUGGGAGGAGUACGGUGGAGAGUCCUUCUCAAGACUUUUCAAAUUCUCAUUUUGGAAAAAGUUUUGAAGCAGAUGCAGAAACACACAGAAGUUUUGAUGAAUCAACCUGGGGUGCAUUUGACAACAACGAUGAUGUGGACUCAGUGUGGGGUUUUAACACCAAGACCAAGGACUCUGACUUCGAGCAGAGAGAUUUCUUUAAAUCUGAUGAUUUUGGUAUAAACCCAGUUAGAACAGGAUCUACACAUACAGAUGGCACGUUCCAGACGAAAAGCCCAUUUGCUUUUGAUGAUUCAGUGCCUGCAACUCCAGUUUCCAAAUUUGCUUUUGAUGAUUCAGUGCCUGCAACUCCAGUUUCCAAGUUCGAAAACUCUCCAAGGUACAGUGAGGCAGGGGAUCACUUCUUUGACAUGUCAAGGUUUGAUUCCUUCAGGCACGAAAGUGGAUAUUCUCCACAACCAGAGAGGCUCACGAGAUUUGAUUCAAUAAGUAGCAGCAAGGAUUUUGGCUACAAUAAUCAUAAAUUCACAAGGUUUGACUCCAUAAGUAGCAGCAAGGAUUUUGGCUCCAAUCCUGAGACGCUCACAAGGUUUGAUUCCAUGAGUAGCAGCAACGAUUUUGGCUUUGGUCGUCAGGGACAUGCAAGGUUUGACUCAAUUAGUAGCACCAAGGACUUCGGUCACAGUGGUCCAUUCUCUUUUGAUGACUCUGAUCCAUUCGGCUCCUCUGGCCCUUUUAAGGUCUCUUCUGAAAAUCAUUCUCCGAAGAAAGGUUCAGAUAACUGGAGUGCAUUCUAGCCUGCAUUCCAACUCUUCCCAGUUUUUCUUUGUUGUUUCCAUUUCCUUGAUUAUUCUUGAUAGCCUAUUUUUUUUUGUGUAUAGCUAGAAGAAAAGCUGGACGGUAAUAUAUGGUGUGGCAAACAUAUCAGUUUGAAGAGAACUUUUUCUAUUUUUUUUGGUAAUGUGCGGAUUUUGUGUGAAAGAUAGAUAGAUAAAAUUAAAUGCCUUGAUGUGUAUUGUAUGUACUACGAAGUUUAAUGGCAAGUGCAUGCAAAGUUUUUUUUCUUCUUUUA